UGAAUGAAAGACCGGUCGCUACUAGAAGUUUCUAAACAAAACUCUCGUUUUAUUUUGAUUUUCUCAAUAUAUUUUCAAAUAUUUCUCGUGAAAGCAAUCAGAAACAAAGAAACAUAAUGUCUGCUGUGAGCACACAAAAGCUUCAGUGUUACAACAAGGGAUGUGGGCGUGUUUACUUGCUGGAGGAAGACGGUGAAGGUUGUUGUAUUCACCAUCCUGGGGCUCCUGUAUUCCAUGAUGCCUUGAAAGGAUGGUCAUGCUGUAAGAAGAGAACCACGGAUUUCACUGAAUUCCUCAACAUACCGGGAUGUGCAAAGUCAAAACAUAAUCCAGUGAAACCGGUUGAAGAGCCCAAACCAGAAUCAACAAACGAUGAUGAUGUUGUGCCUGAGGUUGCAGUAGAACCCCCACCUCGUCGGCCAAUUCAGAAUGCUGAUCCUGAAGAAAGACCCAGCAUAGAUGAGCCAAUGAUUAAACUACCUCUAUCAGUUGAUCCAUCAUUAAAAGCUGCUCUUGAAAGAAUGUCAUUAAAUUCCAAAACACAGCAAGAAGCCACUCAGGGUGAUGGAGAAAUUAAGAAGGGGACAGUGUGCAAGAACAAGGGCUGUCGGAUGCCUUAUGAAGGUGAGAUCAGUCUAUCAGAUCGAUGCAGGCAUCAUCCUGGAGCAGCUAUAUUCCAUGAAGGAAUGAAGUACUGGUCAUGUUGUAAUAGGAAGACUUCAGACUUUAAUAACUUUUUAAAUCAGGAAGGAUGUACUGUGGGCUGUCAUGUUUUUAAGAGUUCAGAGAGUGAGGAGAAGAAGCUGGUUGCAUGCAGGCAUGACUGGCAUCAAACGGGUAAAAUGGCUGUCCUAUCUGUGUAUUGCAAGAAGUCCAAUCCAAGUGCUACGGUUGUACAAGCUAACCAAGUCUCCUUAGAUAUACAUAUAUCAUUUGACCAAGGCAAGAGUGCAUUUAGGAAAACUAUCAAACUAGAAGGGGUGAUUGAUCCAAACCGUAGCGUUGUUAACAUGCUCGGAAGCAAGGUGGAGAUUAAACUACACAAAGCAGAGGCAAUGGCAUGGAAGAAGUUUGAACUGGAAUAAUGAGAACUGCUGCUCUCUACUAAAUGAAAUAAUGAAUGCAACAUGAAGGGGUCAGUCUCACAGGAGGAAAUAAUUCAUAGCGUUAGGGAACUGUUGUUUUUUGAAACUGAUGUAAGGCUAACAACAUUGUCAUCCAAAGAAACACAAAACCGGCCGACUAUUGAAGUAUGUAAUUACUGUAGAGUGAAUACAGAGAGACAAGUUGUUAACAGGUAAAUUUGAGAACACAUUUCUAUGGAUGUCGUAUAAAUUAUGUUCUUGUGAAAGGCUUUUUUUAAAAUGAAAUUUUGAUACAUUCACCGAACAGAUUGUCUUUUUCCCCACCCAUGGCUAUGUGAAGAAAUGAGGAAGCUUAACCGAACAAAUUUUGAUUUGAAUAUACAGCCAAUGCUUGUUAGUGCAUACAUACAGGGCCAAAUAAUGAACAGUGUGCAAGAAGAGCACAUGGAUAGACUACGAUCGGGUCUGUAGGCCUGACUAGGGUGUAUCCAUUUGGUGAGUCGUGCACAGUAUUAAAUCAUUAUCAGGGGCUGC